AUGACGGCUGCCAUGGUUCCUAGGAUGAGGCGAUCACAGCCUACUGAAGCGGGGCCAAGGAUCUGUGCACCUACCACACCUUGCGGCUGGUCCAUAUACAACCCCGACGUGAAAAGAGUAGAGAUGAACAUCACUAAUACGUAUUGUAUAUGCAAUAAAGACACAAUAUGUGACGUGUACGAAGACGACACCACGGUGAGCACAUACGUUUUGCGCUGCAUGAAGCCGCCGAGUUAG